AUGAAUUAUGGAAAGAUUGUGGGAUUCCCUCAGGACACAGAGGCUAGGAAGUUGAAAAUACGGGCAGAAAGGGAGAGUAGCAGCAGGGCUCGAUCAGUGGGUCACUCAGGAAGACUAGUUCAGGGGAGAGGGCCAUCAAGGCUAUCCCAAUCAUAUGCUCAGUCCUCAGCGAGCGCACCGCCAUCUGUGCACAGUUAUCAGCAGAGCUCCGCCACAUCAUCCGUGCUUCCUCCAUCUCCAGCAGGGCAUGGCGUUUUUAGGGGUGGGGCUUGUGGUAGAGGUGGACCCAGCCAGGUUUAUGCUUUGAGUGGUCGCCAGAGUGUAGAGGCUUCUCCAAAUGUUGUUACAGUCACGUGGGUUUAUAGGAAUUGUGUUGUCACGGUAUGUGUUCGUGUUACCACGGCCGAUCUUGUCGAGCUUGGAAGGGUGGAUUUUGAUGUGAUUAUGGGAAUGGACUGGAUUUAUUCAUGCUUUGCUCAACUUGAUUGCCGAACGAGAGUCAUGAGACUCGAGUUCCCUAAUGAGCCUGUUAUUGAGUGGAAGGGGAAUAGUGUGGUGCCAAAGGAUAGGUUUAUUUCCUACCUUAAGGCUUCGAAGAUGAUUAAGAAGGGGUGUAUCUAUCAUUUGGUUCGGGUGGCGGAUACCACUUCAAAAUUGUCUGUCCCCGAGUCCAUGCCAGUUGUGAAUGAGUUUCUUGAAGUGUUUCUGGACGAGCUUCCGGGGAUUCCGCCAGAUAGGGAGAUUGAUUUUGGGAUUGAUGUAUUGCUAGAUACGCAGCCAAUAUCUAUUCCACCAUACAGAAUGGCGCCAUCAGAGUUAAGGGAGUUAAAGGAGCAGCUGAAGGAUUUAUUAGGAAAGGGAUUCGUACGGCUAAGUGUGUCGCCAUGGGGUGCUCCAGUUCUUUUUGUUAAGAAGAAGGAUAGUGAAGGGAUUCAAGUGGAUCCCCAGAAGAUCAUAGCAGUAAAACAUUGGCCUAGACCCAUGACCCCGACGGAGAUUCUUAGCUUCUUGCGUUUAACAGGGUAUUAUCGGAGGUUUGUGGAGGGAUUCUCUACCCUCGCCUCGCCAUUGACUAAGUUGACGCAGAAAGCAGUUAAGUUCCAAUGGGUCCAUAUGGAUGUGUUGUCGAACCGCAAGAGUCUCCAGUAUUUGUUCAAGCAGAAGGAGUUGAACUUAAGGCAGCGACGGUGGUUAGAAUUGCUCAAGGAUUAUGAUAUGAAUAUUUUGUACUAUUCGGGAAAGGCGAAUGUGGUGACCAACGCUCUCAGUCAGAAGUCUAUGGACGAGGGGAAUGUUAUGGUGCAUAAUAAAGCAGAAUUUCUGCUUGUAGCGAAAAUCAAGGAAAAGCAGUUUAUUAAUCUAGAAUUGGCACAGAUGAAGGAGGCAAUUUUGAAUAACAAGACUUCGACAUUUUCACUCGGCAGCGAUGGUGUAUUGCGUUAUUGA